AUGACAUAUCCCCCCCCCCCCCCUUUUCUCCCUCUCCCCUACCCUUGCGCAAUCGCGAAAGCCGAAGCAGUCACUGACAAUCCAGACAACUCGCCAUCGUGCAUCUGCCCCGCAUGCGGGAAGAGCUUUGCGCGCCCCGAUGUGCUGCGCAAGCACCUGUCGACGUCGUGCAAGCUGCGCCGGGGGAGCGACGGCGAGGCUGCCCCGCUCACGAGCGCAGAGGAGGACGCCAUCAUCCCGCGCAAGCGCCGGCGAACCAAGGCGCGCGCGGCCGUGUCGCCGUCUCCUUCGUCCUCGUCGUCCUCGGUCUCAGCCGACGAGCGCGUGCGCCGCGUGCUCGCCUCGUCGUCCUCGGCCAGCAGCGCCAGCACCAAGGUCGCCACCCCCGUGUCGCCUUCUAGCGCCGUCUCGCCCCAGUCUCCGGGAGACGACCGGAUGAGCGCACACUAUGCGCGCCUGCGCUCGCUGGCCUCCUUCCAGGCUGCUGGGGGACGGCUGUCGUCCUCCCUCCCCACGUCGAGCGAGGGACCCACCGUCGCUCGCGCCGGCGCCAGCCUCGACACCCCGCUCGCGCCCGCCUUUGCCGCGACGCCAGAGACGUUUGGCGACCUUGCGCUCGGCCCGCUGUCGUCCCUCCCGUCCUUCUCCCUCGGCCUCGUCAGCCCCAAGAGCACGCCCGCGACCAUUGCGCCCAGCGCCGUCUCGGCGUCUGCGUCUGUGUCUGUGCCCAACCCGCCGGCGCAGAAGGAGCAGCCGACGUGGUCGACGAGCGCGAACGACGACCUCCUCUCGUGGCUCUUCACCGUCACGAACACGGUCCCGCCGAGCGCGAUGGCGCCGUCGCUCUCGUCCUCUGCGUCCUCUGCGUCCUCGUCUGGCUCCGUCGGCUCUGUCGACGCCUGGCCCGUCACUCCCUCCGAGCCAGGCCGCAAGCUCAGCGACGCAGGCGAGCUCGCCGACCUCGCCCUCCUCCCCGACCUCCCCUUUGACGGCGGCGUCAGCGGCAACAACACCGCAGGCGGACUCGGACUCGGCGGCCUCGAGGGCAGCGCAGACUUUAACGGCCUCGGCGGCUUCUCGGCCAUUCGCGGCCUCCCCGGCAUGCCCGAGUUUGGCGACAAGAACGGCACCGACUGGCUCUCGCACAAGAGCGAAAAGUACGACCCGUACGCGUACGACCAGAACACGAUGGCGCAGAUGCGCGUGUACUACGAGCUGUACUUUAAGGCGUAA